AUGGAGACGACAGAGGUGUUUUCUACGAACUUCUCAGCUCAUUUAGAAGCUAAAUACAUCAUGUAUCCGGACACCAACCAUUUUGAAAAUACAUCUUUCGCAGGAACAGAAGAAUUAGAAAAAGUCAACGAAAUGGAAAUAUAUAACAUCGUUAAAAUAAUGAGGAAUGCUUUUAUCCCCAUCAUCGUCCUAGUGGGCGUUUUUGGAAAUUUGGUGUCCACGUCGGUUUUCGCAUCUAAUUAUUUGAGACGAUCAUCUUCAUCUACCUUCCUGGUGGCGUUGGCAUGUGCAGAUAACGUGUUUUUGAUAUCCUUAUUCGUGACUUGGUUCGAUGGCUCGGUGGAUAACAUCUUGACCUCAGUAACAACCUGCAGGGUCAUUUCCUAUUUGACCUAUGUGUCCAGUUUUCUGUCUGUGUGGUUUGUCGUGGGCUUUACCUCUGAACGGUAUAUCGCUAUAUGUCAUCCACUGAAGGCAAAACUUUUCUGUACCCAGGUACGAGAGAGAGUGGCUGUGAUCAUUUGUGUUGUGAUUUCUCUUGUGCUGUACAACUUUGCGUCCUGGACAACAGAUGUAUACACCUCCCCGAAAUUCACACGGUGCACGUACAAAGUAAAAUUCAUCAAAUUUCUCAACAUUAUCACUUGGGUUGACACAGUUUUGACAAUGCUAAUUCCAUUUACUCUCAUCUUUUUGAUGAAUAUGCGAGUUGCCUGUACAGCUGCCAAAUUUCACGAGAAACGGAGUGCAUGUCUGUCUCCGAGAGACGCUUCAAAAUUUAAACACAGGACGCUCCGUUCAAAACAACAAAUGCGAGUUACACGGACUUUGUUACUGGUUUCCACUACAUUUUUGGUUCUAAACUUACCAAGUCACGUGUUUAAGCUUUCUACUCUUAUUUCAGCCUUUCUCCAUCCGUCCAAUACCUACAGCAUUGAUAUGGCCCAAUACCUCGUACAAGAAAUUUCACAGAUAAUUUACUAUGCCAGUUUUAGUAUGAACUUUUUCCUGUACGCUUUAUAUGGGAAACAUUUUCAGAAAUCCCUGAGCUUUAUGUACGAGUCGCUAAGGUUACGGAUGGGCUGUAGCGACAGAAUGGGAUAUAUAGAACGGACUAGUGUUUUACGAAGCUGGACUUGAACUUGAGGAACAACCCACUGUGAAUGAUUUUUAUUCACAAGAACACAAUUUUCAGUACUUUCACGAGAUUCUCUUGGUUACAAAGUAUGAUUUUUGCGUAUGAUUUCGUUUAUUUAUCAUAUAUAUGCACUGGAAAUUGAACAUCUGUGAAAUUUAUGCCUCAAUGAUACUACUAAAUUUGAGAAGACAAAUCGCGGAAAUAAAGUCUCACGAAAUAUAUGCCAGCGGAAGUGACAGCAUGUUGUGAAUAUCUGUCUGUAAUAGUUUUGCUGUCUGUAUUCUAUGCCUGAUAUUUUACGAUGCGUACAAAGAAUGAAGAAUGUUGUUUGUGAUACUAACUUGUUGGCAAACUUUGAUGGAACAAAAAUCAUCAGUUCACUUGCAGUACACGUCUCUAUUUUUGUCAUCUCGUCGUGUACAUCUCGUCGUGUGUACAUCUCGUCGUGUUUUUACAUAAAUAAAGCAUUCCUUCUGUAGAACGUUAGAUCUCGUGAGAAGAACACGUGUGGAUAACUGAUGUCUCGGGGGUAUUUCUUGAAUCGUAUAUCUUGAUUAGAAAACUCGAGAAAAGGCCGUCUGAUCAGAUUUUGCUUGAUUUGUAAAGGCGAUGUAUCGUCCAUCAGUUGAUUUAUUGAACAGGAUUACCUCAUUGUACAUGUGUUAUACGAAAG